CACCACUUGGGACCCCGAACUUCCGGUAUAAACAAAACUAAAAACAAACAUUUCAUAUAUUGUGUUAUUUGUUUUCCAUUAUUCCAUGUCCAAUUUUGACACAAUAAUUGAGAAAACAAUUGAGAAACGGAAUCGUUUUGCGUUUUUCCAUUCUCCGUUUUUAUUCGGAAAUCAAAAUAACAAAAUGUACACGGACCCGUCAGCUUGACAAGGUGAAGCAACCUUGAGUAGGAGGGGAAAUCAGAGUUUGGAUUUGGAACUGUGGCACAGGAUCUGGAGUACGAGUGCGGAGGUGAAAAGAGCGUUGGUUUGAAACUAAAUUAAGCUCUUUUUAUCACUACCUCCUGGUUACAAAAGCAUUUUUCCCAUGGGGAAAAUAACACUACCAGACGCAACGUUGUUGACAUGUCCAAUGUUUAUAAUGCUGGGUGCUACAAUGCCAUCUGCUCCUGCAGCACUCAGGAUAAGUCCUCCAGAAACAGCAGGACAAAGAAAUCUAACUCAGGAGUGAUAAGGAUGGGUGAGACACCAGUCAGGGAUGAUGGCACAGUUAAAAGGUCAGCUGAGUAUGUUGGCUCCUUUCCUGUGGAUGACUGUUGUUUGGAUGAUCAGAUGCAGCAGUUGCACACACAGCUCAAGUCUCUCAAAACAUGCAAGAAAAGGAGGUCUGUGUCCCUGAAAUUUUCCAUCAAAGGUGUGAAGAUGUAUGAUGAAGAUGAGACGACCAUCCUCAUGGCCCAUGCUCUACGAAGGGUCUCCCUUUCCACCGCCCACCCCUCGGAUGCCCAGUUCGCCUUUGUUUCCCACAACCCAGGCAACCCUGAUGCCCAACUAUACUGCCACCUCUUCAAGGCUAGUCAUGCCAGAGCAGCCCAGUUCUUGAACCUGUUGCUGUGCCGCUGUUUCCAGCUGUCCUACCUGGAGAAGCACCCAGAGGAGGCUCAAGUUGAGUCUGCAGGCCCACUGCCCAACUGUACCCCCUCCCUCCUCAACCAGGGCUUCCCUCUCAGUGUCAGCGCCCUUGUGUCCUUCAGAAGGGCCCCCACUCAGGGCUUACUCCCAGGGGAAAAGGUCUUCCCAUUGAAGAACAACAGCGCAACAACUGAGGAACAACCAAGCAUCCAAGAAAACUUCAUCACCUCUCCUUCCCUGGUGCGCAAGAAAGCCAUCCGCAACAAAGUACUGCGCUCAGGGGCCUAUCGCUCCUUCACUUACACCCCUCACAAACAACGCCACCUCCAGGAUCGGCUUAACUCUCCACAAGGAAAGGGGCAGGACAAAAUGCCAGUGAGGAGAGCCCGGGCCCCGAGUCUUGCCGAAACAGAAGAAGCUCUGGCUCAAGCGGUGUGGUGUUGGGCCGGCAUCACCACUGACAGCAGCUCUUCCCUGCUUGCAGAGGACGUCCUGGGCUCGUACCUCCUCUGCCCGCAUCCUAAGAGACCUGGCUGUGACUCUCUUAUCAUUCGUUUCUCUUCUGGCCUCAUCACCCACCUCAUAGACAACACCUAUAAAGGGAAAUACCAGCUUGAGAACUGCCAACAAGAAUUCUGCACCAUUGCUGCUUUGAUAGAGCACUACACAAAGUUCAAGGAGGAGCUGGACUUUCCUCUGAGUUGUGCCCGUGUAAAUCACUGCUACGAGUGGGAGGAGAAUGUUGGCAAGGCACACCAAAGCCUCAAAAGAAAGAAUGCAGAAUAUAACCAGAGGAAGCAAUGGGUUUAAAAGUCAUUUCUGAACAUUGGAUUGAUUGAUGUAUCCCAUUCUCUAAGAGACACUGACAUGUUACACUGACACCUUUAAUUUCUUUACACUUUGAUUCAAUACAAUACAAUUCAUUCACUUCUGUGCUUCAUUUAGGUUACUUUUAUUGUUUUGAGAUUUCUGAUAAGUGAUGUUUAUCACAAUUCACCUGCUAAAGGGAAGUUUGAUCGCAAGGGUGGAGCAGAGCCAUAUAUUUAGAUAAAUGUAAGGCUCUGGUGUGGAGUAAGAUGUUGGCACUUAGCCUAUGAUGUAGUUUUUAAUUUUUUUUAUGUAAGUGUGUUUGAGAUGUAUAUUCUAUUUUAGCUGCACCUACUUUUUAAAUUGUAUACUUUUUUUUAAAAGUAGGAAUUUAGUGUGCGUAUAUAUGAAUGAGAGGGAUUUUCUUUUUUUUGUAUGUGUCAAGCUGUAUGCCUCGUGUUAUGCUGUCUGUUUUUCACGGCAUGUUUUAAGAAGUUCUGUGAGAACAUGAUACAUGGUACAUGACUCACUUUACACCACAAAGUGUAGGCUAUUUUUAUAUUUUUAUUGUUGUGUUAUGCAUAAUGCAUUGCUGGAUUUUAUACAUAUGCAUAAAUGCACACAUCUAUUAA